AUGUCGGUCCUGGUGGAGAUUGGCGACAACCAAUCAGAGAGGAUGACGGCCGACGACAUCAUCGUCCACACGCGGCAGGUGAUGAAAGGCCUGGAGGCCCUGCGCAGCGAGAACAAGAGCAUCCAUCACCGGCUGCAGGAGGCUUUGCUGAGGGACAGGCAGCUACUGGACGAGAGAGAGGAGGCCGUGGAGGCAGAUGCAGAGGCCGUGGACAUCCAGUCGCUGGAGUUGCUGGAGGAAAAGCACGACCUCAUCUAUAAGAGUCUGGAAGGGAUUGAGUUGGGCAUUGCGGAGGCCCAGGUAUGCUGCGGUGGGCUGCAGCGAAGCCAUUGGCUGGGCUGCUGUGACGUCAUGGAAUGUCUGCCAGAGUUCCAGCUUUGGAGGGUGGCGGCAGCAGUGGCCGGAUGCUCACAAUUUCUGGGAAGGAACCGAAAUUUGGGAGUUGUGGGGAGAACCUGACACGAGAGGGGUUUUGUGUUUUGGGAAUCUGUGGGGGCAAGGCCCUCCCCCCCCAAAAAAAAUAUGGGGAAAGAGUUGCCCGAGAGGCAGGCUGGGGUGGUGAUGCUGGGGAUCGUGGCCACCUCACCUGCAAAAGGAUACGGUAGAGUUGGGAAAGCUUUGGAAAAGGGCGACCAAAAUGAUCGAGGGAAUGGAGCGAUUGCAAAAGCUACAGCGUUUGAGGGUUUUCAGUUUGGAGAAUAAACGAGGAAGGGGCCGUAGGAUUUGUUGUUUAGUCGUGUCCGACUCUUUGUGACCCCAUGGACCAGAGCACGCCAGGCACUCCUGUCUUCCACUGCCUCCCACAGUUUGGUCAAACUCAUGCUGGUAGCUUUGAGAACACUGUCCAACCAUCUCGUCCUCUGUCGUCCCCUUCGCCUUGCGCCCUCCAUCUUUCCCAGCAUUAGGGUCUUUUCCAGGGAGUUUUCUCUUCUCAUGAGGUGGCCAAAGUCUUGGAGCCUUAGCUUCAGGAUCUGUCCUUCCAGUGAGCACUCAGGGCUGAUUUCCUUCAGAAUGGAGAGGUUUGAUCUUCUUGCAGUCCAUGGGCCUCUCAAGAGUCUCCUCCAGCACCACAAUUCAAAAGCAUCAAUUCUUCGGCGAUCAGCCUUCUUUAUGGUCCAGCUCUCACUUCCAUACAUCACUACUGGGAAAACCAUGGCUUUAACUAUACGGACCUUUGUUGGCAAGGUGAUGUCUCUACUUUUUAAGAUGCUGUCUAGGUUUGUCCUUGCUUUCCUCCCAAGAAGCAGGCGUCUUUUAACUUCAUGACUGCUGUCACCAUCUGCAGUGAUCAUGGAGCCCAAGAAAGUAAAAUCUCUCACUGCCUCCAUUUCUUCCCCUUCUAUUUGCCAGGAGGUGAUGGGACCAGUGGCCACGAUCUCCGUUUUUUUGAUAUUGAGCUUCAGACCAUAAUUUGCACUCUCCUCUUUCACCCUCAUUAAAAGGUUCUUCAAUUCCUCCUCACUUUCUGCCAUCAAGGUUGUGUCAUCUGCAUAUCUGAGGUUGUUGAUAUUUCUUCUGGCAAUCUUAAUUCCGGCUAGGGAUUCAUCCAGCCCAGCCGUAGGACAGACAGUUGUAAAAUUACGCGUGGCAUGAGGAACACGGCUAGAGAAAAGUUUUUCUCUGUGUUGUAACGUAAGAGCUCGUGGACAUCGGAUGAAGUUGAGGUUCAGGGCUGAUAAAAGCAAGGACUUCUCUCUUUUUUACACAUUUUGCUGUUUUUAAGCCCACCUUCCCAUCAAACUCAAGAUGGUGGUACACCUGUUGUUCCACUUCUGAAACUUAAUGCGAUAUAAUUCAUUGAAUUCCAACACUUAAGUUUAUUUGGUAUAUACUAAAUACAACUUUUGCACAUAGUUUUGAAUGAGGGUGGUUUGGUUUUCUGGAGCCUUUCCCCUUUGGCCCAGGGGUUACGGAGAUGUUGCCCACGGGCAGAGAUUUUCCUGCAGAAGCCUUCCCUGGUACCCGUGGCAUCCGCUACCCUGCCUUUCCCCGCUGCUGAAAUUAGGCUCGAAAAGAGCAUUCGGUUGUAGCUAAUAGAAAAGGUUGCCGUAAUUAGUGUGUGCAACUCUUUUGGCAACUCCUGGUGCAUUGUAUAACAAACAGUUUAUGCUUUUGAUAAAAGCAAGGACUUCUUUGUGCAGCUCAUAGUUAACCUAAAGAACUCUCCCCCCACUCAUAGCUGUCAAGCGUCCCUUAUUUGGAGGGACAGUCCCUUAUCCCAGUGCCAUGUCCCACUGCUGUCCCUUAUUGAUGAUGUCCCUUAAAUUUCCUGGGUUUCAAAGGAAGCAGCUCCUCUCCCUCCCUCCCUGCUGGCCAGGGAGGAGGGAGGCUCCAACUGUGUUGCUUGGCUGCCCGGCCCGCCUCCCCUCUGGCCUCCUCUCACCAGCCUCGCCCCCCAGGAGCCCCUCCCCGCCGGGACUGGUGGGAGCCUUGGGCCCUUCCGCCACCAUCCUCCUCGCGGCUGCCGAACUGUCUCUGCCUGGGGCCUCCCCUCUGCCCAUCGCUGCCGCUCCCGUUAGUACUGCGGCUAUGCCACCGAAGGACCCGGAUGAGAUGGGCAGCCUGGCAUGGCCUAUGAAUUGCUGAGGUGCUUUGAGAGGAGAGUGAGGGCAACCAUAGAGAAAGCAGUUCAGAGAGAGGAGGAGGAGGAGGAGGAGGAGGAGGAGGCAGAGGCGUGGGCAGGUGUUCCAAGGGCUACAAGGGAAGGACCGCAAGCGCUUCUCCCAUAGAUUUGUAGUGGUAGACUAGCAUAGAUGGUCUGAUCUGCGGGUUUAUUUCGGGUGCUAUUUCCUCCCCCCUUCCUCCCGCCCCACCUGAUGGAACUGAGAGCUGCAGAUGGAGCACGAGAGAAAAGAUACAGAACUGCAGCAGCAACUUUGUACCUUGGGCUGAUUCAGCAGCCAGGCUCUCCUGAUAUUUUUAUGGAACCUCCAGGUUCAGAGGCAGUCUAUCUGGGUUCUAUGGAGCAUUUGGCCACUGUGAGAAAAGGAUAGUGGGCUAUUUGGCUUGAUCCAGCCACCAGGUUCUUAAACCAGGCAGGGGGAGUUGUUGUCGUGGGGGCUGCAGAAGUUUAGAGUUUGCAAAGAGUCCACCUACAAACCCAGUUUCCUUCCUCCAUCUCGCCCUGCCCCACAGAUGAUGGUAGCUCUGUCCUCUCACAUCGGGUCGCUGGAGGCGGAGAAGCAGAAGCUGCGGGCUCAGGUCAAGCGUCUCUGCCAGGAGAAUCUCUGGCUGCGGGACGAGCUGGCGCUCACCCAACUGCGCCUUCAGCACAGCGAGGAAUCGGUGGCGCAGUUGGAGGAGGAAAAGAAGCACCUGGAAUUCCUCAACCAGCUCAGGCAAUAUGACCCGAGGGAUGACCAGGUACGGACAGGGGGAUGUGGCAGCCAUUCAGUCCCCAAAAUGAGAGGUGCAGGGACGUCCGAAGCUGCCUUCUACUGAAUCUGCAAUGCUGGACAGAGCUCUCUAAGCAUGCACAAAGUGCCUUGUCCUUACUCCCAGCAAAUCCGAAACCUACCCAGGUUUAGAGGGUGAGCCACGGAGGCAAGCGGCCUCUCGGCAGCUGUCAGCCCCAGCACCUUUGAAAACUAACCAGAUCCCCUCGCAUAUUCAUUCCACCAGGCCUUCGUGAACAGGGAACCAGGCAGAGGGCCUUCUCAGUGGUGGCGCCCACCCUGGGGAACACCCUCCCACCUGAUGUCAAAGAGUACAACAACUACCAGACUUUUAGAAGACAUCUGAAGGCAGCCCUGUUUAGGGAAGCUUUUAAUGUUUUAUAGAUUAUUGUAUUUUAAUAUUUUGUUGGAAGCCGCCCAGAGUGGCUGGGGAAACCCGGCCAGAUGGGCAGGGUAUAAAUAAAUUAUUAUUAUUAUUAUUAUUAUUAUUAUUAUUAUUAAUUGGAGCAGAUCCUCAGACCCCACCCAAAAGGAGAUGUUCGAAAUGCUUGUCCUGCAAAGCUCCCCGAAUCACAUUUCCAAUCUCCCUUGGUUUUCAGGAAUGCAGUAUUUUGAAUAUGCAGCUGCUGUAUACCCAGGCCAGACCUCCUGGCCCAUGUAGUAGUAGUAGUAGUAGUAGUAGUGGUAGUAUUUAUUUAUUUAUUUAUUUAUUUAUUCCUUCCCUGCCCAUCUGGCUGGGUUUCCCCAGCCACACUGGGCGGCUCCCAACAGAAUUAAUGGAUAAUAAUAGUUUAAAAAGAUAAAACAUCAGACAUUAAAAACUUCCCUGAACAGGGCUGACUUCAGGUGUCUUCUAAAAGUUUGGUAGUUAUUUUUCUCUUUGACAUCUGGUGGGAGGGCGUUCCACAGGGCAGGUGCCACUACCGAGAAGGCCCUCUGCCUGGUUCCCUGUAAUCUCACUUCUCAUAGGGAGGGAACAGCCAGAAGGCCCUCAGAGCUGGACCUCAGUGUCCAGGCUGAGCGAUGGGGGUGGAGACGCUCCUUCAGGUAUACUGAGCCUUUGAGGCCUUUUAGGGCUUUCAAGGUCAACACCAACACUUUGAAUUUGCUCGGAAACGUACUGGGAGCCAAUGUAGGUCUUUCAAGACCAGUGUUAUAUGGUCUCGGCGGCCGCUCCCAGUCCCCAGUCUAGCUGCUGCAUUCUGGAUUACUUGUAGUUUCCAGGUCACCUUCAAAGGUAGCCCCACGUAGAGCGCAUUACAGUACUCCAAGUGGGAGAUAACCAGAGCAUGCACCACUCUGGCAAGACAGUCUGCGGGCAGGGAGGGUCUCAUCCUGUGUACCAGAUGGAGCUGGUAGACAGCCGCCCUGGACACAGAAUGGACCUGCGCUUCCAUGGACAGCUGUGAGUCCAGAAUGACUCCCAGGCUGCGCACCUGGUCCUCAAUUCAAAGUGUUGGUGCUGACCUUUAAAGCCCUAAACGGCCUUGGCCCAGUAAACCUGAAGGAGCGUCUCCACCCCCAUCAUUCUGCCCGGACGCUGAGGUCCAGCGCCGAGGGCCUUCUGGCGGUUCCCUCACUGUGAGAAGCAAAGCUACAGGGAACCAGGCAGAGGGCCUUCUCGGUGGUGGCACCCGCCCUGUGGAACGCCCUCCCACCAGAUGUCAAAGCGAUAAACAACUACCUGACAUUCAGAAGACAUCUUAAGGCAGCCCUGUUUAGGGAAGUUUUUAACGUGUGACAUUUUAGUGUAUUUUUGGUCUCUGUGGAAGCCGCCCAGAGUGGCUGGGGAAACCCAGCCAGAUGGGUGGGGUACAAAUAAUAAAUUAUUAUUAUUAUUAUUAUUAUUAUUAUUAUUUAUUUCUAAGCCAGGAGAUGCGGGUCUUGCCUUUACUCUCUUUGCAGGCAGAAAAAGACGACUCGGAGCAGAGGAAGAACAGCCUGUCUUCACUCUUCCCCAACGAUGACGAUGAGCAGAGGCAGGGUGUGUACAUGGGCCGAUGAUGCGCGUUAACCUGCGCAUGUCUUUUGAGGCUUAACCCCAACUUAGGAUGAAACCAAGGCCCGUCCAGAGGUUCAGUGAGAGCUCAUUUCUGGCAUCAAGUCAACUUUCUGUUUCCAGUUGCACAAAAGCAGCACCUCAGGCCAGCAUUACCCAACUGGGUGCCCUCCUUUUUGGGGGGGACGGGACUACAGUGGUACCUUGGUUCUCAAACGCUUUGGUACUCAAACAACUUGGAACCCAAACACUGCAAACCAGACAGCAGGUGUUCUGGUUUGCGAACUUUUUCCGGAAGCCAAACAUUCUCCGAUUUGAGUGUUACGCUUCCAAUUUGAGUGCCAUACUUCCAUUUUGAGUGUUACGCUGAGGUCCGUCUGCUUUUGCUAUUUAUUUUGCAUUUUUGUUUUUGCGGCUCUUUUUGUUUUGUUUUUGCGGCGGUGAGGAACCCUGUUCAGCUACCGAUUGAUUGAUUGUGUGGUUGCAGUACAUUGUUUAUUGCUUUCAUUUUAUGGAUCAGUGGUCUUAUUAGAUCAGGCUUCCUCAAACUCGGCCUUCCAGAUGUUUUGAGACUACAAAUCCCAUCACCCCUGACCACUGGCCCUGCUAGCUAGGGAUCAUGGGAGUUGUAGGCCAAAAACAUCUGGAAGGGGCGAGUUUGAGGAAGCCUGUGUUAGAUAGCAAAAUUCAUGUUAGAUUGCUGCUUUAAAAGUCUGGAACAGAUUAAUCCCUUUUGCAUUACUUUCUAUGGGAAAGCACACCUUGGUUUUGGAACGGACCUCUGGAACAGAUUAAGUUUGAGAACCAAGGGACCACUGUACAACUUCCAUGACAGCGUACAGUCAUGCUGGUUGGAGCGGAUGGGAGUUAUAGUCCAGGGGAGGUUGCCUUGGAGAGACUUACUGUGGCCAGAAUUUCAGAGGAAGGGCUCCAUUGAAUGCAGGCCGGGUGCGUGGAAGGUGAUGGGUGCUUCACCUGUGCACCUGUUGGAGUAUGGCUGAGGUUAACAAGGGAACAAUGGGAGAAAGAGGAUGGAUGCAUGCAGACAUUUUUAUCCCACUUUGCUGAGUGAGAAACAUGGAAUGGAAAGGAAUAAAUAUUUUACUAAAGUAUCUUAGCAUGCCUACUUCUCCAGCUGCUCAACCAGAGAAUAUUGAGAAACAAAGCAGCUCGUAAGCCUGAUCUUUAUUGAUCUGUUGCAACAGGGUGCUCCCCUCACACGCAGGAACAGAGGAGGACCCAGAACCUAGGUGUGCCCGCCCUUAUAUAGACAUUUUAAAUUGCCUGCCUUGGAGUCCAAGACCACCCCCCUACAUCACAGAAGGGGUGUAGCUCAAGACCACCCCCCAGAUACAUCAUACCUACAUCACAGAAAGGGCGAUCUACAGCAGAAAUCUGAGUGCAUUGUUUAUCUCCUGUCUGGCAGGUUACCUGUUAAUGCUUACUUGAUUGGAUACCCUGGGGUGCCUGGCCAGUCUUUUGUAACAAUAAAUACUUAGUUCCUGAGCCAGGUCACAUGCUCACCCUAUUCAUACACAGACAUACCCUUAAGACAAGAUUUGUGAAGGAAAAGACAAUGGGGAGGCUUUUCCAUUUUCCUAUGACCUUACAGAGAAAACAUUUGGUCAGUUUGGGAGUCAAAAUGGUUUUCAGGGCUAUUUUACUUUGCUGCUUCAGACAUGCGGUUUAUAUAUUUAUGUACGUGUUUGCUUGGUACAUUUAUGAACAUUUAUUAUAUAUACAUAAGACCUUAAUUUUUUUUAUUUCACGGCCAUCACUUGCCUCCUGAAGGAGGGAGUUCCACAGUUUAAUUCUGUUCUGAGUGAAAACUAGGGCUAAUACGCCCAGGAACCUCACCAAAAUGCUGGAGAGGGUGCACCUCCACAGGCACAUACCUCCACAUGUGGUGGGAGUGCCCCAAAAUCCAACUAUUCUGGACAACAGCCAUACGAGAAAUAUGUAAAACAACUAAGCAAGUACAGUGGUGCCUCGCAAGACGAAAUUAAUCCGUUCCGCGAAUCUCUUCGUCUUGCGGUUUUUUCGUCUUGCGAAGCACGGCUAUUAGCAGCUUAGCGGCUUUAAGAAAAAGGAAACAAACUCGCAAGAACUCGCAAGACGUUUCGUCUUGCGAAGCAAGCCCAUAGGGAAAUUCGUCUUGCGGAACGACUCAAAAAACGCAAAACCCUUUCGUCUAUCGAGUUUUUCGUCUUGCGAGGCAUUCGUCUUGCGGGUCACCACUGUAUUAGAAAUCACCCCAGAAUUGGCCCUACUAAACAUCUUCCAAGACAACAAUGCCCAUUUACACCACAAAGAACUCAUAACCCACCUACUUUCUGCAGCCAGAAACACCAUAACCAGACACUGGAGAGACCUGUCAGGAGUAAGCAUGGAACAAUGGUACCAAGUAGUAUGGGAAACAGCCUUACUAGAAAAACUAACCUUUAACAUUUAUUAUAUACUGUAUAAGGUAAAGGUAAAGGGACCCCUGACCAUUAGGGCCAGUCGUGACCGACUCUGGGGUUGCGGCGCUCAUGUCCCUUUAUUGGCCGAGGGAGCCGGCGUACAGCUUCCGGGUCAUGUGGCCAGCAUAACUAAGCCGCUUCUGGCGAACCAGAGCAGCGCACGGAAACGCCGUUUACUUUCCCGCCAGAGCGGUACCUAUUUAUCUACUUGCACUUUGACGUGCUUUUGAACUGCUAGGUUGGCAGGAGCAGGGAUCGAGCAACGGGAGCUCACCCCGUCGCGGGGAUUCGAACCGCCGACCUUCUGAUCGGCAAGUCCUAGGCUCUGUGGUUUAACCCACAGCCCCACCCGUGUCCCUUAUAUACUGUAUAUAAGACCUUAUUUUUUUUUUAUUUCAAUGCCAAUUUACAUGGUUUUAAGAGAAAGCGAGACAAAUUCAUGGAGGAGGAGAGAGCUGCCGAUGGAUACUAGCUGUGCCUUGUCUCCAAAGUUGGUUGCAGUAAUGAUUCUGAAUCCUUCUUGCUGGAAACCGAAGAAGGGGAGAGUUGCUCUUGUGCUUGAAUUCUGCUUUGCUGGUUUCGCACAGGCAGCUGGUUGGCCACUGCGAAGGCAGGAUGCUGGAUUAGACGGGCCCUUGGCCUGAUCCAGUACCCUCUUCUUGGGUUCGUUCUUAUUUCCCUUCCCUGGUGUGGUGACCCCGCGGUCAGAGAUAGAAUGUCUUGGGAAAGUAGAAUUAAGUGAUUGGUUAGUAACCUAAAACUCCCACUGGUCUUCUUUCUGGUAGCUAGGCAGGAGGGCCAGUUUUCGGCUGGGUUACAUGGUUGCGUUUAACCUUCACCCCACCCAAGUGAAGGCCACAUUCUAACCCAGUGGGUGGUUUCUCCUGCUUGUGGGGUUCUGUGGGGUGACCUGGGGGCAGCACUAAUAGGCAAAGGGAGGGCGCUUGGAGGUGCGAACAAGUAUCCGGACUUUGAAAACCUGGCAUCACAGGAUCAAAUCAAUCAGUUUUGUUGAACUAAUAAAACUCAAUAGUUUUAACUGGGUUUUGAACAAACGUGCAAUUAAUUAAUUAUUCCCCAUUAUAAUUUUAUUGGGCCGUGGGUGGCGCUGUGGGUUAAACCUUGCCGAUAAGAAGGUCGGCGGUUCGAAUCCCCAUGACGGGGUGAGCUCCCGUUGCUCGGUCCCUGCUCCUGCCAACCUAGCAGUUCGAAAGCACGUCAGCGUGCAAGUAGAUAAAUAGGUACCGCUCCAGCGGGAAGGUAAACGGCGUUUCCGUGCGCUGCUCUGGUUCGCCAGAAGCGGCUUAGUCCUGCUGGCCACAUGACCCGGAAUCUGUACACCGGUUCCCUCGGCCAGUAAAGCGAGAUGAGCGCCGCAACCCCAGAGUCGUCUACGACUGGACCUAAUGGUCAGGGGUCCCUUUACCUUUACCUUAUAAUUUUAUUGUGACAUUAUCUUCCUUAGCGGGUUGUGCAAACUGCUAUUCUGAAUAACGCUGAGUUUCUGGGACCGAGGGGACAGUGGCUCUCAAAAGUUUGGGAAGCAAUGUUCUUCUUUUUGUUAAAUCAUUUGUAUUAAUUUUCCAAUAAAAAACAUCCAAUUAACAUAUCAAAUCAUAAUCCAAUAAAAAACUAAAAUAAAAAAAGGUUGAAUGAUCUUCCAAAUUGCAAUUAUUAAUUUUUCGGGCUUCCCAGAGUCUGGACCUUGAAGCAUAACUCCAAAUCUCAAUCCUGGCGCCCGUCGUCGUUUCCAUAUUUCCACAUUAGAAGCCCUGUUCUAACCCCCCUACGUUUUCGGAUGGGUUCUGGGUUCAGGAAUCUUCUCCUGCAAUGGGCCCGACUUACCUGUCUCUCUUGUCUGCGGCAGGAGGGAGCCCGAGCGCAGCCGCCUCGGCCGCUCAGCAAGGGGGCUACGAGAUCCCGGCGCGGCUGCGGACCCUCCACAACCUGGUGAUCCAGUAUGCCUCCCAGGGGCGCUACGAAGUGGCCGUCCCCCUCUGCAAACAGGCGCUGGAAGACCUAGAGAAGAGCUCUGGACACAGCCACCCAGAUGUGGCCACCAUGCUGAACAUCUUAGCCUUGGUUUAUAGGUAAGGGGGGUGGCAGGGGGCGUGUUGUGUGGGAAAGGGUCCCGGGCUGCUGAGAAGAGCCUUGGAAAGAGAAGACUUAGAGCUGUGAUUCCUGCAUGGCAUGGGGUUGGGCUAGAUGGCCUUUGGGUGCCCCUGCCUACUCCCCAAUUCUAUAAGCAUCCUCUGCAGAAACCUGAGGUUGCAACUUUUAGAGAUGUCCUGCCGUGUUUGGCCGAGUCCUGCUGGCCAGCUCCUUCAGCACGUGUGGCUGAGGCACCGAUGCUUUUCAUAUGACAUAUAUAGAAUAAUAAUAAUAAUUUUUUAUUUAAGCCCCGCCCUUCCCGGUUUAAAAACCCGGCUCAGGGCAGCUAACAGCAAAUAUAAAACAUUGGUUAAAAUGCGACUUUAAAACAGCAUAAAAGACAACAUAAAAUGCAACAUCAAUAUCAAUAAAAUUCUAAAAUUCAGGGAUCAUUUUUUUGGGGGGGGGGACCCCAGUCAGUACACAUUGAAUGAUCACCAGGGCUAACUGGACAAGUUGGUCCUACUAAGGCCAGCAAGGAGACCAGGGAAGAAUUUAAAUAUGGAGUCCCAGAAAGGGUUUCUUCGUAGAAGAAGAAGGGGGAAAGGGAAUAGAGAAUCAGGCUAAUUCAAAUUGAAGGCCAUCUCUCUCUCUCUGUGUGUGUCUAUCUAUCUAUCUAUCUAUCUAUCUAUCUAUCUCUCUAUAACUAAAUUUUCUAUUUUACAAUUUAAAGUCCUCAUUUAUACAUCCUUAUCAACGACUUCCCUUCUUCUCUUUCCAUGGUUCACGUUACAUAUAAUAAAUCCCUGCAUAGUUUACAAAAACUAUACCGUUCAGUACUCCAUUAUUGCAUCCAUCAAAACUUAUUUACACUGUUGAAUUUAUCUCAACGCUGCCAGCAUUCUCAGCUGUACGCUGUUAUUUCUCAUAUAUUCAGUAAACAUUUUCCAAUCGUCUUUUUUCUUUUUUUGUACCGACUUCUUCCGCCGCAGGGACCAGAACAAGUACAAGGAGGCCACAGAGCUGCUGAACGAUGCCCUUGAUAUCCGGGAGCAAACUCUGGGUGUGGAGCACCCUGCCGUGAGUGUCCAUCUGGGGCUCGGUGGAGGGUGAUGCUGCUUGGGUCCUGUUAAGGCUUCUCUUCCUUGUGUCUUCUCCUCUGGGAGUAUUUGGAUGGGUGGGGGCAGAGAUCAUUUGUGCUGGUCCCGUGGGUUAAUGGAGAAGCGAGGUCCAAGUCCAGUCUGAGGUCAUAGAAUCAUAGAAUCAUAGAAUCAUAGAGUUGGAAGAGACCACAAGGGCCAUCGAGUCCAACCCCCUGCCAAGCAGGAAACACCAUCAGAGCACUCCUGACAUAUGGUUGUCAAGCCUCUGCUUAAAGACCUCCAAAGAAGGAGACUCCACCACACUCCCUGGCAGCAAAUUCCACUGUCGAACAGCUCUUAAUGUCAGGUCGAAGGUGCAAUAUGGAGGCAGUCCGUAAAAGCUGAAGCAGGGUGCAGGGCAGGGAGUCAGGUGAGGUCAGGGACGCAGGACAGGGUUCAGGCAGGAACAGGCUACCUACAAUGUUGCUCCCGCAACUUGGGACUGGGGCUGGCCGGCUUUUAUCUGCCCCGAGGCAUAGGGCGGCCCCAGUCCACAGGUGACUCGCCUCUCCUGGCCUGGAGACGAGCACUCCUCCUGCGGGAACUUAGUUCCCUCCUCCUCUCUGCCCUGAGCCUCUGCAGCUCAGGAGAGGCUGGAGGGUUACCGGACCCAGAGGCAACCUCAGCUUCCUCUGACGGGGUUGAGAGUGGAGGACCUGAGGGCAAUGGGUCCUCCAUCACCUCAGGAGCCAGAGCAGACUCAGUUGGUGCCUGCACCUGAGGAUCCAGCACAGGUGAGGACCCUUCAGGCUCAGGCCCCAGCCCCGGCUCAGCUGGUUCUGGAGGCGGGGACUCCUGUGCAGGCUGGGAUGCCUCAGGUUCAGCAUCCGAGUCCGAAUCCCAGGCCAUCACACCAUUUUUCUUGGGAGGAGCAGGUCACUCUCUUAGGAAAAAUACAACUCUUCUGGACGUCCUUGGAAGUUUUGAAGAGUUGUUUGUGCUCCCCAAGAUUUGUUGUUGUUUAGUCGUGUCCGCCUCUUCGUGCCCCCUGGACCAGAGCACGCCAGGCACCCCUGUCUUCCACUGCCUCCCGCAGUUUGGUCAAACUCAUGCUGGUAGCUUCAAGAACACUGUCCCACCAUCUCGUCCUCUGUCGUCCCCUUCUCCUUGUGCCCUCCAUCUUCCCCAACAUCAGGGUCUUUUCCAGGGAGUCUUCUCUUCUCAGGAGGUGGCCAAAGUCUUGGAGCCUCAGCUUCAGGAUCUGGCCUUCCAGUGAGCACUCAGGGCUGGUUUCCUUCAGAAUGGAGAGGUUUGAUCUUCUUGCAGUCCAUGGGACUCUCAAGAGUCUCCUCCAGCACCAGAAUUCAAAAGCAUCAACUCUUCGGUGAUCAGCCUUCUUUAUGGUCCAAGCUCCCAAAGAUGCAGUGUUUAAAAGGUGCUAGGCCUUCGAGGGGGGGCAGUGAGGAGAGCUUGGCUGAUGCCCCUCCCCAAAUGGUGCAGUUAGUGCCAGACGCUGCAGCACAAUUGCUGACAGCAUUGAGGAAUCGUCUGCAUGGAAGUCCUGCGCUCAGAGGUCUGCUCAGAGGAUGCUGAUUUGGUACCUGCCCAAGUUCAGGGUGUUGCUAUUAGUACAGUGGUACCUCAGGUUACAAGGGACGCGGGUGGCGCUGUGGGUUAAAUCACAGAGCCUAGCGCUUGCCGAUUGGAAGGUCGGCGGUUCGAAUCUCCGCGACGGGGUGAGCUCCUGUUGCUCGGUUCCUGCUCCUGCCAACCUAGCAGUUCAAAAGCAUGUCAAAGUGCAAGUAGAUAAAUAGGUACCGCUCUGGCAGGAAGGUAAACGGUGUUUCCGUGCGCUGCUCUGGUUCGCCAGAGCGGCUUAGUCAUGCUGGCCACAUGACCCUGAACCUGUACGUCGGCUCCCUUGGCCAAUAAAGCGAGAUGAGCGCUGCAACCCCAGAGUCGGUCGCGACUGGACCCUUUACCUUUACCUUUACCUCAGGUUGCAUAUGCUUAGGUUACAGACUCCGCUAACCCAGAAAUAGUACCUCAGGUUAAGAACUUUGCUUCAGGAUGAGAACAGAAAUUGCGCAGCCGUAGCGGGAGGCCCCAUUAGCUAAAGUGGUACCUCAGGUUAAGAACAGUUUCAGGUUAAUAAUGAACCUCCGGAAUGAAUUAAGUUCUUAACCCGAGGUACCCCUGUACUGUUAUUUUUAUUUUGAUUCUGCAUUUUGCGGUUUUAUAUUUUGAUUUUAUUCUGUGAACCACCCUGAUACCUCCUGUAUAUACCGUGGUACCAGAAAAAAAAUAAUAACAAUAAGAUUCUGUGUAUAAAAUAACAAAAUGAGAUACAGUACAAUGCGAAUAAUCAGAAGUUUAUUUUAUUUUAUUUAAUCCAUCCUUUAUCUUUUAUUUUCUUCUUUUCUCUCUCUAUUUUUUCUUUUCUUCUUUUUCUACGUAAAGUAUGUCCGUGUAGAAAAUGUAACAUGGUGUAUUGUUGUGUAAAUUUGUGUUGAAUGCUUAAUAAAGGUUUUAAAAAAAGAAAUAAACAGACCUUUCCUCCUGUUUCUGACAGGUGGCUGCGACUCUUAAUAACCUGGCCGUGCUCUAUGGCAAGAGGGGGAAAUACACGGAAGCCGAGCCGCUGUGCAAGAGAGCCUUAGAGAUCAGAGAGAAGGUACAGGCUUUACCGGAGGCCCCAAGAAAAACCGUAUUCAACCUGUCUUAAGGACUAGAAACUUAACUUCGCUUUUAAAAAAAACCAGACAGACAGACAAGGUUCCAAUUACGCUGAUCUCAGCACUCAGACUCUGACGAGACCCAGAAUUGUGGAAUACACAAUACUUUCAAAUUCACAUUUUAACAGUAGGAUGGUCUGACAAUAUGGCUGGCGAAAUCAACCUAUUUCUGGUCUCUGCAACUAAAGCGGGGUGUGUGUGUGUGUGUGUGUGUGUGUGUGUGCGCGCGCGUAUGCGUGUGUGUGUGUGUGUGCGUGCGCAUGUGCGUGUGCAUGUGCACUGCAUCAAUCUGCAUUUUUGAAAAGAAAACUCGCAUUUCUUUUCUCCCAAAACUUGCUUUUAAAAAAAAAAAAAAAAAAGCUGAGAAUGAAUGCAUUUAUAUCUUACCAUUCCCCCCCCCAGGAGCUCUAGAUGGUAUAUGCCUGGUUCCCCCCCCUUCAUUUAAUCCCCAUCACAACAGCCCUGCCAGGCAUGCCAGGCUGAGAGAGGCAGUGGCAUCCAGUGGGAGGAUCUGAACCCUGGUCUCUCCCAGGUCCUAAUGCUAGAAUCUCUUACCCACUCUUGUUCUUUAGGUGUUGGGCACCGAUCACCCAGACGUGGCCAAGCAGCUGAACAACCUGGCGCUCCUGUGCCAGAACCAAGGGAAGUUUGAGGAGGUGGAGCAGUACUACCAGAGGGCUCUCUGCAUCUACCAGACCCGGCUGGGGCCUGACGACCCAAACGUGGCCAAGACCAAGAACAACCUGGUAAACGAUGGGGAGACGUUUUGUGUGUGUGUCGGCCAGAGGACGUUUACUUUUCAGGACAUCAGAAGAGCCUGGCCACUAGAGGUCCAUCUAGUCCAGCAUCCUUGCAGUGGCCAAAUAACCCUAAGAACCUAGGAAACAAGGUAGACUGCCUCUGGAGCUGGAGGCUCCACAAGAACCUAAGAACUGGCAAUAAUAAUAAUAAUAAUAAUAAUAAUAAUAAUAAUAAUUUAUUAUUUAUACCCCGUCCAUCUGGCCGGGCUUCCCCAGCCACUCUGGGUGGCUUCCAACAAAAUAUUAAAAUACCGUAUUACAUCAAACAUUAAAAGCUUCCUUAAACAGGGCUGCCUUCAGAUGUCUUCUAAAAGUCUGGUAGUUGUUGUUCUCUUUGACAUCUGGUGGGAGGGCGUUCCUCAGGGCAGGUGCCACCACCGAGAAGGCCCUCUGCCUGGUUCCCUGUAACUGGGCUUCUCGCAGGGAGGGAACCGCCAGAAGGUCCUCGUAGCUGGACCUCAGUGUCCGGGCUGAACGAUGGGGGUGGAGACGCUCCUUCAGGUAUACUGGACCGAGGCCGUUUAGGGCUUUGAACUCAGCACCGACACUUUGAAUUGUGCCCAGAAACUGACUGGAAGCCAAUGCAGAUCUCUCAUGACCGGUGUUAUGUGGUCCCAGCAGCCACUCCCAGUCCCCAGUCUAGCUGCCGCAUUCUGGAUUAGUUGUAGUUUCCGGGUCACCUUGAAAGGCAGCCCCACGUAGAGCGCAUUGCAGUAGUCCAAGCAUUCAGAACAUUGCUUUCUCCAACUGCCAGAGGCAGAACAUGGUCAUUGUGGCUGGUAGCCAUCAGUAGACCUCUCCUCCAUGAGUUUAUUACUGACUUUCUCAAUAAUCAAAAGGUCCCAAAAUGAUUUAGGUAUAUGACAUUAAGAACAAGGAUUAUGUUUAAAAAAGCUGAAGCUAUAUAGUUUAAUAUUUCAUUAAAUUAAAGAUUGGGUUUAAAAAAGUGGAAAAGAAACUGCUGGACAAAUAAUGUAGAUUGGAAUACAAAAGAGGGAGGUAUGAGGAAGUCCAGAAAAUAAGUAAUUUAAAAUUGGGAAUGUAAAAGAGAGUUUGUUUUAAAUUGUUAUGUUGUGUGUUUUUAUUGUUAAAUUUUGUAUUGUUUUUCUUUUUUUGUGUGUGUGUGUGUGUGUUGGUUUUUCUUUUUUCUUUGUUUAAAACUUUAAUAAAAAUUAUUUUAAAAAAAAUGAUUUACAAGAAUAAAAUACAGUAGGAAAAAAAUACACAGAAAUCAAGAGUAAAAGCAUCCCAUGAUUGGUGCAGCCCAAACGAUGACAAGGUUGUUGCCAGGCAGGCUUCCCAGAUUUCACAGACAGGAUCUACUAUAGAAGAUGACUAUUCAGCAAUGACCGCCCUGGUCAUUGCAGGACUGUUCGACUUUUGGGUUCCUUUUGACUUACUCGGUGCUGGUGUUUCAUUUAGAAAUGGUUCAUAAUGAUUCAGUAUGUGGGCUGUUUUUAAUGUAGAGUAACAACAGCGAGGAGGUGUUCUUGUGCACAAACAACACACAUUUCAAUAUUUGCAUCAUUUGCACAACAGCCACUUUAAAGCUUUAUCUUUCAUUUAUUUUUGCAAUGGCUUUGCUGCCUCGGCGCAUCUCAGGAAAAAGCCAUCGAUUGCAAAGAUCAGCCAUUAUAUAUAUAUGCAUGCAAUAUGACUGCGGAAGAAUAGAAAAAUCCGCAAGCAGGAUUUCCUAGGUGAUAAAGGUUAGGCUGUUCUUGGAGAUGAAAAAACGUUCGGCUGGAGGUUCCAGCUGUCAGUGCAAAUUAAAACCAGCUAAAAUUCAGCCUAGGUUAUCAAAGUGCAAAGUGCAACUUAGACCUACAGGGGAACAGGCCCCGUAGAAAGGGUUUCAUUGCCAGUACAUAAAAUUAGAAUGAUGUAAAAGCUAGUUAAUUGUUUUUUCGUUUUUUCUUUUUCUUUUUUUUGUAUUUUUCAGGUUUAUAUAUUUCACUGAUUUUGCAAUCAUUUUGACAUUUCAAAACUCGACUUCCUUCCCCCUCUUUCUGCGGUCCUUAAAUUUAUUUUUAAUAUCUUCUGCGUAUCCAAAUUAACUUAAUUUGCUCAUUUAUUCAUCUUCUUUAAGUAUAAACUCUUAUGAAACGGCAGGUUAUUACAAUAAUCCUGCCAGUUUUUCUUAUCUGUUUAGUUUAUCUGCAAACAUUCAAUAAACCAUUUCCGUUCUUUUAGAAAAAGUUUAUCUUGAUUUCUUAUUCUUCCGGUGAGUCCCACCAUUUCUGCAUAUUCCAUAAGUUUUUGUAUCCGUUCUUCCUUUGCUGGGACUUCUGCUUCUUUUCAUUUUGGGGCAAGUAACAUUCUUUCCACAGUAGUCGCAUACAUGAAUAAAUCUCUAUACAGUUUAGGUAGUUCUGUCCUUAUAAUGCCCAAAAGGAAAGCUUCUGGGUUGUUGUUGUUUUUUUACAAACCUUAUUUUAAACAUCCUUUUCAUUUCAUUGUAUAUCAUUUCCCAGUAAGCCUUUUUUUAAAAAAAAAAAAUUAUUGGAAAUUUUAUUUACAACAUAAAAUAACCCCCACCCCCCAAUACAGAAAUCCACCCUCAUUAAACAUGAACAUAACAUACAGUGAGCAUAACAUACAACAAUACAAACAACCAAAUAAAAGACUUCCUUUAUCCUGUAUCUAGCCUCCUUGAUUACUUCUUAUGAACUGUUUCCUUUAUGAAUAAUUAUUAAGAUUUUUCUAAUUAUAACUUAAAUAUCCACAAAGUUUCCUGCAGACAUUAAUCGAAACAAGUCCAGGUAUGUAUUUUAGGGCACUGUUUUGUGAAGUAUUCUCUGCAUUUUCCCCAUGCUUUUUUAAACUCUUGUCUAGUGUGAUCUCUGAUUGCCUCUGUUAAUCUAGCCAGUUCAACAUACUCUAACGGUUUGUCUUGCCAUUCCUUUUUUGUUGGCACAGUUUCUUUCCCCCCCAGUUUUUAGCAAUUAGGAUCCUUCCGCUCCUGUGCCAUAAAGGAAUAUUUUCUGAUCUUCUCUUGCUGUACCUGUGUCCGUUAUCCCUAGUAGAAAAGCUUCUGUAUUUUUCAUGAAGUUAAACAUUUUUUUAAGCUCAUCAUAUGCUAUGUUCUGGAAGCUUUUGAUUUUUUCACAGGUCCACCAAACAUGUGUAAGUGUCCCUUCUGUUUUGCCACACCUCCAGCACAGAUUUGUUUUUGUCUUAUACAUUUUAGCUAUUUUGGUAGGUGUUAAGUACCAUCUAUAAAACAUCUUGAUUAGAUUUUCCCUCAAUAUUUCACACGCUGGAAAUUUCCAGUUCUUUCUCCAUAGUUCUUCCCAUGCUGUUAAGUUAAUGGUUUUCCGAAUAUCUAAAGACCACUUGAUCAUUACCUUCUUGACCUGUUUGUCUUUGACCUUCCACUCCAAUAAUGUUCAUUUCCCAGUAAGCCUUAACCUUACUAGAAGACCACCACGUAAGAUAAAAGAACCUUGAAAUAUACAUUUAUAAAGAAACCAGAAGCAUUUUUACUGGGCAUUGUAGGAAGUGAUAUAAAUAGAAAAGAAUAUAAGCUGUUUUUAUAUGCAACGACGUCAGCAAGAAUAUUAUUGGCACAAAAAUGGAAGCAAGAAGAAUUACCGACGAAAGAAGAAUGGAGGAUGAAAUUAAUGGACUAUGCAGAACUAGAUAAACUAAAAGGAAGGAUCCGAAAUCUGCGGGACCAGAAAUUCACAGAAGACUGGAGUAAUUUUACAGCUAUUUGAAAAGUAAUUGUGAUGAUCAGACUACGUUUGUAGGUUUGCAAGAAGUUUUGUGAGGUGAAUUAUUGGAACUAUUGCAAAAAUGGAUAAAGGGGAGGAUGGUUAGUUAAGAUAAUUAAAGGCAAUAUGAAUUUAAGAAAUGCAUAAGAAGUGGUUAAAACGGUGGAUCAUCAGAGGUGCUGAUGGAAGUCCAAAAAAAGAUUGUAUAAGUGGUGAAGUUUUGUGGUAUGUAUUAUAAUUUAUAUGUUAAAAUUGAUAAAAAUUAUUAUAAAAAAAGAACCUUCUUUCUAGUUAAUUGUUUUUUCAGUAGGGAAACAGGUGACGUCAUCGGGUAUGGAGCCACCCAGCUAAAACUGCCUUCCUCUCUUCUCGCCCAGGCAUCGUCUUACCUGAAGCAGGGCAAGUACCAACAGGCUGAGGAGCUCUACAAGGAAAUUCUGUCCACACAUGACCAGGAUUUGGGCGUCAGCAGAGGCGGUGAGCAGCCGGCUUGAGGUUGCGUUUCUCUGCAGCAGAGUAUGGAGAGGGAAGUUUGGGGAAGGGUGAUGUAGCAGCAAACUGUGAAUAAUAAUAAUAAUAAUAAUAAUAAUAAUAAUAAUAAUAAUAUUUUAUUUAUAUCCCGCCCUCCCCAGCCGAAGCCGGGCUCAGAGCGGCUAACAACAAUAAAAGUAACACAGCAUUCUAUAAUCAAUUCAUUCUAAAAUUAAUUCAGAAUCAAAUUAAUGGCAACCAUUGGGCUAGAGUUCUAUGAGGAUUAUGAAAGGAGGGGGUCAGACUGAGUCCAAACCAAAGGCCUGGCGGAACAGCUCCAUCUUGCAGGCCCUGCGGAAAGAUGUCAAAUCCCACAGGGCCAUAGUCUCUUGGGACAGAGCGUUCCACCAGAUCGGGGCCAGGGCUGAAAAGGCCCUGGCCCUAGUUGAGACCAAUCUAACCACCUUGCGACCUGGGACCUCCAAAAUGUUGUCUUUUGUGGACCUUAAGGUCUUCCGUGGGACAUACCAGGAGAGGCGGUCCCGUAGGUACGAGGGUCCUAGGCCGUAUAGGGCUUUAAAGGUCAAAACCAGCACCUUAAACCUGAUCCUGUACUCCACCGGGAGCCAGUGCAGCUGGUAUAGCACCGGGUGAAUGUGAUCCCGCAGCGAGGACCCCGUAAGGAGUCUCACCGCGGCAUUCUGCACCCGCUGGAGUUUCUGGGUCAGUCUCAAGGGCAGCCCCAAGUAGAGCGAGUUACAAUAAUCAAGUCUGGAGGUGACCGUCAUGUGGAUCACAGUGGCUAGGUCAGGGCGAGAGAGGUAAGGGGCAUCUUCUUCUAAGGUUACCAGAUUUUUUUCAAUGAAUCCGGGGACACUUUUCAACUUCCUGCUAAAUAGAUGGAUUUUGUCAGGGGGCAGAUUUGUAAAUCUGGGGGACUGUCCCUGGGAAAUGGGGAUGUCUGGCAACCUUUUCUUAUUCUCUCCAUCCUUUCCCCUGCAUCUUUCAGAUGAGAGCAGAACGGGACCCGGAAGAGGCGCUCUGUAUAGCCAGGUUUGUGUUGGGGCUGCUUUGGGGGGCUUCCCCACCUCUUCUCUGUUUUUAGGUCUUGACCCCACCUCCCCAUCCUAGUCUGCAGAAAGAUUGUGUUACCCUUUGCACCCCCAGCAGGAUUUAACUGUGGCUCCUGCAUUUCAGAGGGACGCGGGUGGCGCUGUGGGUUAAACCACAGAGCCUAGGGCUUGCCGAUCAGAAGGUCGGCGGUUCGAAUCCCCGUAACGAGGUGAGCUCCCGUUGCUCAGUCCCUGCUCCUGCCCACCUAGCAGUUCGAAAGCACGUCAAAGUGCAAGUAGAUAAAUAGGUACCGCUCCAGCAGGAAGGUAAACGGCGUUUCCGUGCGCUGCUCUGGUUCGCCAGAAGUGGCUUAGUCAUGCUGGCCACAUGACCCGGAAGCUGUACGCCAGCUCACUAAGCCAGUAAAGCGAGAUGAGCGUCGCAACCCCAGAGUCGGCCAUGACUGGACCUAAUGGUCAGGGGUCCCUUUACCUUUACCUUUUUACCUGCAUUUCAGGGGGUUGGACUAGACGAUCCUUUGGGUCCCUUCCAACUCUACAAUUCUGUAGAUGGACACUAGUUGCACUGUGGUCUAAACCACCGAGCCUCUUGGUCUUGCCGAUCAGAAGGUCGGCGGUUCGAAUCCCCGUGACGGAGUGAGCUCCCGUUGCUCUGUCCCAGCUCCUGCCAACCUAGCAGUUCGAAAGCACACCAGUGCAAGUAGAUAAAUAGGUACCGCUCCGGUGGGAAAGUAAAUGGUGUUUCCGUGUGCUCUGGUUUCCGUCACACUGUACCGUUGUGCCAGAAGCGAUUUAGUCCUGCUGGCCACAUGACCCAGAAAGCUGUCUGUGGACAAACGCUGGCUCCCUUGGCCUGAAAGCGAGAUGAAUGCUGCAACCCCAUAGUUACCUUUGACUGGAUUUUACCAUCCAGGCGUCCUUUACCUUUUUACAAUUCUGUGAUCCCUCCCUUUUUGCCAGGACUCCCUGGGGAACCUGAGGCGCAGCAGCUCCUUUUCCCGCUUCCGCGAGUCCCUCAAGCGAGGCAGCGAGAAACUCGUCUCCAAACUCAAAGGGGAAGGCGGACGGCGCCCCAUUGCAGCCUCGGCCCCAGGGUGAGUCUGGGUCUCCCUGGAAUCUGGAGGCAGAAACGUUUGCCUCCAAGCAAGCAAUUAUCACACAAACACCGUUUUCGCAGGGAACAAUUGAGGGAGUUGGCGGUGCUUAGACGGAGAGGGUGAGAUGACAGCCAUCUUCAAAUAGCUGAAGGGCUGAUGGAGCAAGUGUGUUUUAUCCUGCUCUGGAGGGGCAGGAACCGAAACGAUGGCUUCAAGUUACAAGGAAGUAUAUUCUGACUAAAUAUUAGGAAGAACUAUCUGAGGGGAAGAACUCUUAACAACAGAAGAGGCUCCCUGAGAAGGUGGUCCCCUCUUCCCGACUUUGGAGGUUUUUAAGCAGAGAUUUGGAUGGCUAUCUGUCUUGGAUGCUUUAGUUGAGAUUCCUGCAUUGUGCAAAGGGUUGGAAUAGAUGACCUUUGGGGGUCCCUUCCAACUCCAUGAUUCGCUGGUUGUUGGACAGCCGUCGGUCAGGGAUUCUUGAGCUGCGAUUACUGCCUUGCAGGAGGUUGCGCUAGAUUACAGUGGGUGGGGGGAGCAGAGCGCUGCUUCCAACUUUCCAAUUCUAUGAUUCUUUAAAAAGCCAUUAUUAUUAUUAUUAUUAUUAUUAUUACUAUUAUUUAUUAUUAUUAAUUUAUUAUUUAUACCCCGUUCGUCUGGCUGGGUUUUCCCAGCUACUCUGGGCAGCUCCCAACAGAAUACAGUCAUAUCUCGGGUUACAGAUGCUUCAGGUUGCGUUUUUUCGGGUUAUGGACCCACCAAAACCCAGAAGUACCAGAACAGGUUACUUCCAGGUUUCGGUGGUCGCACAUGCGCAGAAGCGCUAAACUGUGCUUUGCGCAUGUGCAGAAGCACCAAAUUGCAACCCACGCGUGCGCAGAUGCGUCGCUGCGGGUUGUGAACAUGCAUCCCGCACAGAUCACGUUCGCAACCCGAGCUUCCACUGUACUAAAAACGCGAUAAAACAUCAAACAUUAAAAACUCCCCUAAACAGGGCUGCCUUGAGAAGUCUUCUAAAAGCCAGGUAGUUGUUUAUUUCCUUGACAUCUAACUGGAAGGCAUUUCACAGGGCGGGUGCCACUACCAAGAAGGCCCACUUCUUGCAGCGAGGGAGGGAACCGCCAGAAGGCCCUCAGAGCUGGACCUCAGUGUCCGGGUAGAACGAUGGGGGUGGAGAUUCUCCUUCAGGUAUACUGGGCUGAAGCCGUUUAGGGCUUUCAAGGUCAGCACCAACCCUUUGAAUUGUGCUCAGAAACCAGGCAUGCACAGGUGAAUCAGAACUUGACAGGUGUUUGUCUUUUUGGACAGGAUGAAAAGAGCCACUUCCCUGAACGUCUUGCACGUGGGUGAGAGAGCGGCUGCUGCGUCCCCGACGGUGAGUCUGUGGCAGGGGAGAGGAGGGGCCAGGUGCCAGGGCUGCGGGGACAGAGCCCUGCCUCACAUGCAAGAAAUCCUGGGGGGUCGGUUUCCCUUGUGGAACUCGCUGCCACAGGAAACCCAAAUUGGGUGGCUUUAAACGAGGAUGAGAUAGAGGAUUUUAAGAUGGCUGCCGAACGCUUGAAUCAGGGUUUUGAGCUCUAAGGCAAAUUUCUGCUCUAUAAAGAACCCUCAGCAUUUGUUUUUAUCCUCUCUCCCAUUUUAUUUCUUAACUUCUUUUAGUGCUUCGUUUUGUUGCUUUAAUUUAUCGUUUCAUCUCAUUGUUUUAUUGUUCUAACUCCCCUAAACUGGGAGGCUGCGUGAAGUUGGGCUGGGCUGAGCCCUUUGCUAGGCAGUGCCAAACGCAAAGUCGAGCCAAAGUUUACAAGAUACUAGUUAUAAAUUAAGGAAGAGAAACAUCUUGAUGAUCCGAACUGUUGACGAGCCAGCCCAGGCGGCAGCUGCAGAGUCUCCCAAACGCUCCCUUCCUCUGGGUGGCACUGACUCCCGACUCGUAAAUUCAAGGCCGCCACAUUUGGAGAUAAUUGAUUUCUGCAAGCUGCCGACAAAUAAUCAUGAUCAUUAUGGUGCUUACUAGAAAGAACGGCAAAGAUAAAUUCAUGGCUAGUAGCCAUGCUGGCUGGGGUCAAAGGCCUCGAGCUUCUGAAUGCCAGUGGCUGGAUACCACAGCAGGGGAGAGUUGCUCUCGCACUCGGGUCCCGCUCGUGGGUUUUCCGUGCUGGGCACCUGGUUGGCCGCUGUAAGAAGAGGAACCCGGGCUCUUAUGUUCAUGCUCUUUUAGGCAGAGCCUCAUAGAAUCAUAGAGUUGGAAGAGACCACAAGGGCCAUCGAGUCCAACCCCCCUUCAAAGGAAGGAGUUGCAGCCCGAAGCGAUGAGGGCUAGAAACUUGGCUUUUGCUGCAGUGCUGUAGCCUUGUCUGUUUAUUUUGCAGCAGCCCAGCAGCAGGACCCUGACUGGCGCCCGGACGCUGAGCUCCAGCUCCCAGGACCUCAUGCAAAGCAGCUCCACUUAG